UUCUAGAUUGGUUACAAUACAAGAGGAAGAAGAAGAAGCCUAUAACUCUACUUUACGAUCUCUGAACACAAGUCAGACUAAUAUAUCAGACAGAGUUCGAGAGAUAAGGAUAUUUCUCGAUCCUUUGCCUAAGGAUUACAUCAACCAGUGGGAAAAUAUGGAGCAUUAUGUGACUCGAACUUCCUCGGUCACAGGUGAACCUAGCACUUCGGAGCUAGAUCCAAAUAAUACACUUCUGAAUGAAACAUUGGCUAGUCCUGAGAGUACAAUGAAGUUUAUGAGCUCUACAGGAGAAUCACAAAAUUUGAGUUCCAAAAGCUCACCUACCAAAAGAAAAUCCACCUAUUUCGGAGAACCUAGUUGUAGCCAGUUAGAAGAAUCUGAGGUUGAAAAAGUUCAGGUAGAGCGUGGCAGUCAUAAAAAUUUGAACAGUACCCCUCAGAAAUUUGAAUACGAUUCGACUACUACUAUGUCGUGGAUCCACUUUUCAUCAUACGUGACGAUCUGA